AUGGCGGGCAACACCUCGGCAGGAGCUGGUGAAUCUUCAGCCCAAGAUCGUAGCGGCAGCCAAGAUUCUGGUGUUUCGGCGCCAAGGGGAGCGCGAACAAACCAGGGCUCGCUGAUCAAGGAGGUGCUGAAGAACUUCACCAUCGAGAAGUUCAAUGGUGAGGGCUAUGAUGAUUGGGCCUGGAAAAUGCAACUCUACUUCCGUCAGAUUGGAUUGCUGAAAUUAAUGAUUGGGGAGGAGCCUAGACCGAGUGACCCCGCCCUGCAGGAAGAUUGGGACGAGCGCGCCUCGGCUGGCUACUACUUGAUGUCGCAGAGUUUGGAGCUGAACCAGCGUCAUCACGUCAUGCACCUGCUGCCGGAGGUUGAGUGCGGUCCGAAGGCGUGGACGGUGUUGAAGGAGCUGCACGCCCCUACCUCCGUCGCUGCGACGCUCAUGAUGGAGAGGGAGCUGUCCGCGUUGCGCCUGAGCGAGGGAGAGCCGGUGCAACCCAUCCUGGACAAGAUGCGUGAUCUCUACGCGAAGCUGGCAAUCGCGGGAAUCACCUACCCGGAGCAGACCAAGUGCCUGAAGAUGCUGUCGCUGCUGCCGGAAUCGUGGCUUCAAUUCACGAGCGGAUUGAGCCUGCCGCAGAACCAGAGCUUGUGGACGCUCGAGUGGGUGCGGACGAAGAUUCUGGAGGAGGACUUCCGUCGCCGCCAACUGAGGGGUGGAGACGACGGCAGCAGCGGCUACGGGAUGCAAGGAGCCGAUGUGGCAGAGGACGUGGCUUCGGUGGUGCUGGACGCGGUGCAAAGAAAGACGACGACUCCAAUGACCAACAAGGAGAAUCGUCACCAGAAUGGCGGCGCGCGGAGGAACCAGAAAAACGGCGCCAACAUGGUCGCUGAUUCGUCCGACAACAACCCGAAGGGCAACGGCAGUGCGGAGAAGAAGAAGGAGCGCACCGCGGGCCAAUUUUUCCAUGUGGGAGACAAGGGGGAGCAAGGAGACGCCUCUGCCAAAGUUGGAGCAGAGCUGCACCCCCUGGACUAUUGGGUGUUGGACACAGGCGCUGCUUGGACGAUGACGCCGCGCAAGGACCUGCUGGACGAAGUACGCGCUGCACCGAUCAAUGAGGUGUGCUCCGCCUCUGGACACAUGUUGAAGGUGGCUGGUGCGGGACGAGCUGCGUUUAAGGGAGCGGAUGGCAAGCCGGUGGUGCUGCACAACGUUCUCCUCGUCCCCGACCUGAAGGCCAACCUUAUCUCCCUCCGUAAGCUUGGCAAGGCUGGGGUGAACACCAACACGGAUAGGGCACGCACUUAUAAGGGGAAGCUGGGCAAUCGGGUGCUUUGGGAUCUGCACGAGAGCAAGGACGUGUACAGAUCUAUGUGGCAGCUGCCGGCCCUGGCGUGGCAUGGUGGGGGGCAGGCUGGAGAGGGGUCUGCAUCCCAGGGGGAGUGCAACACCGUUGGAGGGGUUGGUGUGAAAGUGUCGGCCAGAUCUGGGGAGACAGAUUGGGCAACGGCACACCGGCGCUUAGGGCAUGUGGCAAUGCCUUUGCUGAAGCAGCUGGAGAAGGAUGGAGCCGUUAAGGGUCUGAAGCUGAACGGACAGCCACCCGAUGAAAACUGUGAAAUCUGUUUGCUCUCAAAGUUCACCCGUUUCCCCUUCCAUAGUGUGGCUGGCAGGAGCAAGAAGCCGUUGGAGCUGGUCCACAUGGACUUGGUGGGGCCGCUGCCGGUGCAAGGGCACAAGGGGGAGCGGUAUUUCCUAACCAUAGUGGAUGACUGGAGCAGGCUGAUGUGGGCAUAUCCGCUGAAGCAGAAAGAUCACGCCGCCUCCACGAUUCGGGACGAUUGGCUGCCGUUCGUGGAGAAGCAAGCGGAGUGUGUGGUGAAGCGGAUCAGGACAGACCGGGGUGGUGAGUUCCUUGGAGCUGAGAUGACGGCAUGGCUCAAGAAGCAGAGCAUCCAGAGGGAGCUGACCACGGCUUACACCCCAUAG